UAGCCCGCCUCCCUUCCACCGUCUCGGCGCCCGCCCGCAGCGGCCAUGGGGGCGCGGCUGGGGCGACGGGCAAGGGCAGCGGCCGGCUCGGAUGCCCCUGCGGCAGAGGGCUCCGGGCCUGCGCCCUACGAGCGCCGGGUGCGCUGGCUGCGAGAGAUCCAGUCCACGCUCCGUGAGCGGCGACCAGAGCGCGCUCGGCAGCUGCUGCGCCUCCUGCGCCAGGACCUGGGCCUUGAAGGGAACCUCCUCACUGACAUCCUCUACAGGAACGUGGCUUUGCUUAACCUGGUGGACCCCAUCUCCCAUGACUUGCUGGUGAACCUGGCCCGGGACCUGCAGUGCCCCAAGAAGGACCAUGAGCCCUGGAAGUCCUCAGAUAAGAUCUGUCGGCAGCUCAUCUACCACCUCACUCCUCACUCCAAGCGAAAGCCCCACCGGAAAACCCAGAACAGCCUCAAGAGCGGCCUCCAGAAGACUCUGCUGGCAGGGGAGACAGUGGACCUUUCUGGUAUCCCGCUGUCCGCCCGGGAUGUCCAGCACAUAACCCGCUACCUGAGCAGCCACGGUGUUGAGCUGGUGGUCUUAGACCUGAGCUUCACGGAGCUGAGCGAUGAGCUGCUGCACUUGUUGCUGCCCAGCCUCUGGGCUCUGCCCCGCCUCACCCAGCUGCUGCUCAAUGGCAACCGACUGACUCGGGCUGCUGCGCGCGAACUCACGGAGGCUAUCAAGGACACCGCCAAGUUCCCCGUGUUGGCCUGGGUCGAUCUGGGUAACAACGUGGACGUGUCUUCACUUCCCCAGCCCCUGCUGGUUGGCCUGCGGCGGCGACUCAGCCAGCACACCUCCCUCCCCACCAUCUAUGAGGGUCUGGACUUUGAGCCCGGGGGCGGCACGGCUGGGACCACAGCGGCUGUCUCCACCUGGGGCUCUGCAGCCAAUGAGCCAGGACUAGAGCCACAGGGUUGUUGUGCUAGGUGACUAAUUGGUCUGCUUCAUUGGUACUGACUGAAGUCUUUUAAGAAUGAGGUCCUGGGGGCUCACGAUGUCCCACAGAGAGACAGUGCAAAUACUCAACUUGGGGUGAAGUGGGUGGAAGAAGGGUUUUAUGGGAGACAAGCCAGCCAGCCCAGGCUAGGGCUCCACCGCACCCAGCAAAGAGGGGACCCAGCACCCACAGCCCAGACCUUCCAAGAAAGGAUGCUAUUGAUCCCUUACCUCAGGCUUCUUCCACUGCAGACUUCAGACUGCUGAGCUCCAGGCUUACUGCAGAGGUAGGAAAACCCCACCCGCCCGGAGUGGGUGGAUCACAGCCGCGCUGAUGUCCCCUUAGCGCUCACUGGCAGGGCGCCAUGGAAACCAAGGUGUAGCGGUCAUGGAUUCAAUGGUGUGGACUCAAGAGUGCGAGGAGGCAUGAUGUCUGUGCAGCAUUUGAGCUCUCUACGUUUGGGGGCUUCAGGGGAGCAGGCUGGGAGUCACAGACGGGCAGAGCUCUGCACGGAGCCCCACAGCAAGUACAAUCAGGGCCCCUCAGUGUGCGCUGGGCUAGGGACAAGGCUUCACACAGCAAAGGCAAGGUCACAGGGGUUCUGAGGGGGUGACUCUGGGUUUGUCUCCCACAGGGCACAGCACUGCCCACUCUCCCCAGCUCUAGUCUCUAGGCUUCCUGUACAGGGUGAGGAGAUCUGGCUGACUGGAGAUGAGCUGUAGUGUUUCCUCUAGUUCUGGGGUCACACAGCAUGUAAGGGGUGGAAGUGGGUCCGGUUAGCAUCAGGAGUUCUCGGGGGGGGGGGCAGAACAGACCUAAGGGUCUCUCUAUAGAGAGUUGCUAUCAUCCUUUCUCAAAUCCCUCAAGGGGGAUUCUCAACUAGAAACAUGAUGUCUGACUGCUCUCACUGCCCUGUUUAAGAGACUAGAGGUUUUAGCUCAAGCAGUAGAGAGGCAGAACAUGUGGGGAAGGGACUCAGAGAAGCCCUGGGUGGGGAAACCAGUGGCCUAAGGCCUCUGUGUAGAGCCAAGACUUAAGGCCUGGUGGCAGUGGAGGGCAGCCUCAGUGUUAAGGUAAAGGCUUGGGGUUGGAGGCUCACCCUGGACCCAUGUGCCCAGAGCCUGCUAGCUCUGACUCCCCCACCUCACUGUCUGUCUCCAAGUGGACUAUGGACAGUAUUUAGCUCCCCCAAAAAACACCAGUUCCAGCACAUCCCCAGAUCAGCGGCCAAGAAGGGAGAGGGCUGGAUUACAUCAGCUCCCAGGCCUGGCACGGAGGUCCGAGGAGGAAAAGGAUUUCACCUCAUGCUCCACAGCUUUAGACACUGCCUACCAAGGGACAGUGAGAAGAACCCAGGGCCUCAGGCUCUGCUCUGCACGCGCUGGAGGACCUGGCUAGGUCCUCGGCUUCUUUGGGCCUGGGACCCAACAUCCCCCUCUCUGUUAAACAGAGCUUGCUGCCCUGGAUCCUGGCACUCAGUGCUUCAUCUAGAAGUACUACAAUGGCCUCCGCCCCUCCCACCCCCCAUCCCCCCGCCCCCCUCGUCGCACUUGUUUUACAGACAUGGCUUUGAGUUAUAGAACUUUCCCUGUGCCUUACACACCCAGGACAAGGAGCCAGGCAAAGCCGAGUGGGGAGUCUGGGUCAGUGGAGAAGGAAGGGAGGGCCAGCUUUGGGCCUAGCAGACUGAUAACUCCAUCACAUGCUCAGGCAGCUGAGUUCUCCCUGUAAUUCCUUGCUGCAUGAAAUCGGUGCUCAGGGGCUCCCCUGGCCUUCCUACUCUCUGCCCACAGCUGGUCUGAAGCCAGCCCACAAACCUUUAGGUAUCACCGUGCGGCGGCGAGGUUCCUCCUAGGAUGAUGUGUGAGGGUCGGAGCCAGGUGUCCUGGCAGCUUCCAGGCAAGUCCAGGUGGCAGCAGAUGGUCUCAAUGUCUCCACCUUUUGGAGGCAUGUGACACAAUAGCCGAACCAGAUCCUGAGAGAGCUUAGGAGCUGUGGGCGAAGUUGGCCUUGCUGUGACACAAGUGGUCCUGGCUCAUCACGGAGUUCUCAUGACUACCAGCGGGGAGAUUCCAUGGGCAGGGACGGAGAUUUCCAGAAGUGAGGGAGGGCUGUGUCUUGUCUUUGUGCGACUGUAACAGAACACCACAUCCUGGUAACUUAUAAACAACAGGAGUUUAUUUAGCUCAUGGUUCCAAAGGCUGAGGAGUCAGACGGAAGGGCUACAUCUGGCGAGGGCUUUCUUGCUGUGUCAUUAUAUGGAUCACAGACCAAGAGAGUGUGAAAGGAGCCCCGGUGUGACAAUAAGGACUUCCGUGAAUGAGGGCAGAGUCCUGCUGACCUAAUCACUCUUUAAAUCACAUCUUCUACCUGUUGGGCUUCAAUGCAUGCACUCUGAGGGAGGCGUUCAAGCCUGUAGCAUGCUUCCCUCUGUGGUGUGGUGGUGAGGAGAGCAUCGGCCAGGAGAGAAGGAAGCAGGUGGGGGUCUUGCUCUGGUGCCCACUUGGGAGACAUACAAAUCCACCCAUGGUCCAGACCCAUCACUUCUAUCAGGGUCGUCCAUUUGGGAACUAAGUACAAAUUUCUCCUUGUUCUACUGAAGUGAGGAAGAAAUGCCAUGUGAGAGGAAUGGGUCAGCAUGCUGUAGUAUCAAUAAGUUCACCCAGGUGCUUUGUGUGGAGAGGUUUGGCAAGAUAUAGGCUGAAAACACAUCAAUCAUCUGUCUGUCUGACUAUCUGCUAUCAUCUAUCACCUCUCUACUAUCACCUAUGUAUGUA